AUGGACGAGCUACCGGCAGACGAUGAUCUGCUCUCAUGCAUGCUGCUUGAUACGCUCGAGUUUGAGCCAGCGAUCAUGACCCAUAAAAUGAACCCGAUGCAGCGCGCGGCGCGUUUCGACCGCGAUGCAAUCUCACUGCUCGUACGUCAACAUGUAAUUUGGGAGCGUGACCUCCCUGCGGCGCUUGCCGCUUUUCUACGCAUUCCCGUGGUGCGCAAGCAUGCCCAGUCCAAAUCACCCGCACAGAUGCGCGUGUUUGAGUCGCAUAUCCAGCGCUACCUGCAGGCUUAUCUUCCGGAUGCGGGGUUCGAGUAUGCAGUCACACAUCGCUACCACACCGCACGCCUCCGCCGCCUCGAGGCGCUCGGCGGCAUACACGAUCGUGCGACCGGCGCAGCGGGUCUCGGCAUCGGGCGCACGGAUCUGUGUGUGCUGGCCAUGCGCUCCUUUCAGCCCGACGAUAUCAUCACGCAUUGCCGCGCGGCCCUCAAGGACCUCUCGCGCGAAGAGGAUGAGACGCUGCGGGAAGAAGCGAUCCACGCGCGCUCGGGCGACCUGCGCAACGGACACACACGGCCGCAGCGCGACUUUUCCAUCAUUCGGUCGUCGAGCAGGAAGCUGAGCCAGCUCUUGCUGGGACCCGCACGCUUCAUUAAUCACGACUGCCAGCCGAACGCCGAGUUCCGGCGCUCAGGCCACCAACUGACGAUCCGCUGUAUCCGCCCGAUCCAGCGCAACGAGGAAAUUACUACGUUUUACGGCGAAAACUACUUUGAGCUGAACAACAAGGAAUGCAUGUGCGCGACGUGCGAACGCCUGGGACGGGGCUUCUUUUCCGCAGACAAGGAGCAGCCCGAACCGGCACCGACAGGGCAGGGCGGCGACGAACGCACGCUGCGCUCCUCGAGCUCGAGCGCCGCGCUCCCGGUGGCGCCCCCGCCGGUCGAUAUGAUCAAUUACGCGCUGGACCCCGAUGCGACAGGGCCGGAAUGCGAGUGCCUGACGUGCAAGACGGCAUUCCGCGCGCCCGAGCGCUGGUGGACGCCGGACGAGUGCGUGCGCUGCGAGCGGCACUACAAACUGUACAAGUGCGACUGGCCCUCGCGGUCCCCGAAAGAGAACCCGGCAGAGUCGCACAGUAAUGUACGCCCGCUCAAGCGCAGCGCACCGCAGAGCCAGCGGCCGCCGAAACGCCAGGCGCUCUCGCUCGACUCGCCUGCCGCGUCGGAAACCUCGUCGCCGGUCAAGCUUAGCCCCAUGCGUUCGUUCGACAGCGACGAGGAGCGGCCGGCAUCGUCCGACACGCGGCAUGGCCGCCGCAAGUUUGAGGUGCGCAGCGACGAUAGCGACGAGGGCUUUGACGAUAACCACGUCACACUCGGGCCUAGGAUCCUCGGGCACGACGCCAGUACCGACGUCCUCGCGUCGUACUGGGGCGCGCCGAGCGGCCAGCGGCGCGAGCGGCGCCCGGCCAACCUUGGCCUCGAGUCGCUCUCCGACCGCAUCGCUUCGAGGCGCGUCAACGGGCACGAGCACGGCCACAGGCGCAAGGCGUCCGACAUGUCGGUCAAGUCGGAGCGCGCAACACCCAGUUUCGAAAGCAAGAGCAAGAGCCGCACGCCGGCCCCGGCCCCGACCGAGGCUGUGAUCAAGACGGAGCGCGCCACGCCUGUCCUCGAGAAAAAGGGGCCGGCGUCGCUGCCGCCGGAUGCAGGCCGUGCGGUGUCGCUGCCGCCCGCGCCGAGCCAGCGCACGUCGAAGCACGCACGCAGCGCAUCCGGCACGUACGGCCGCCCGCCCGAGCCAGCCAAGCGCGAGCAGCCUGCGUCGCCGGCGCGUGAGCGGCCUGCUUCGCGCCGCGAGCGGCCCGUGUCACCGCCAAAGCCGGCGAUUGCGACCAAAGGGCCGGAACGGACCUCUGUCUCGAAUCUCGCCCUGUUUUGGUCGGGCGGCGUCGAAGGGCGCACACGGCGGCGGGCGCGCGAGCAGCACAAACCCGAAGAGCGCCCGCUGCGUGGGCGUCCCUCGAGCGAGAGCCGCGAGAAGCGGGCCAAGGAGGAGGCAGCGAACGCUCCCAAGGUCGACAAGGCCAAGGUCGAGAGGCCGCCGCCCGAGCCCGAGCGCCCCGAGCGGCAGGACAGGCCGGAGCACGACCGUCUCGACACCGAAAAGGCCGAGCGCGCGGUGCCCUCGCCGCCCUCGACCGUCUCGACACCGAACACGAUCAAGUCCGAGUCGACCUCGCGUCCUACCUCGCCGCUCCCUUCCGACGGCCCGCCACGGCAGCCUGCGCGGCGCAACCUGCGUUGGGGCAGCGGCAAGUCGAGCAUCAGCCGUCCCCUGCCCGGCAACUCGGCCAGCACCGGCAUUUCGCUCUUGUCUGCGCUGACAGGCCGUGCCUCGCCGACGACGCAUGUGAACGGCACGCCGUCGCGUGCGCCCGACGAGCGCUCGCUGUAG